UAGCUGCCUAUGUAGAACCCAUGAGAAGGAUAUUCCAUUAUCCUAGAUGAGCGCCGUGACAUUACCAGUGAAGAAGCGCAUAACGAAUUUAAAGAAUUCAUUGUUUAAACCUUAGUAUUCGAUACACCAGUCUAAAAAAGAUCUGGCAAGGUCGUCACUGGCCUCCAAUCCAGCGUGAUGACUUCCACAAUCUCAUGUUUCCUUCAUCCUUAUGCCCAACAACUCGCCCUCCACGCCCUCCAGCGCAUCUAUGGCGCACGCCUCAAGUUUAUUCUGCAGUAUCAGGAUCCUGCAGAGGUGAUCCAGGUGGGAGACAUUGGUGGCUCUGAGCAGUCCGAUUCGACAGUUGUGCUCCUUGUUCGAAGUCCCAAUCUGUGGAUGAGGAUUUGUUCUUGUUUUGAUCUAGGGUUUGCAGAGGCCUAUAUGUUUCAGGAAGUUGACUGUGAUGACCUGGGUCGAAUAUUUGAUAUCUACAUCAAGAACAGAAGCCGUCUUGGUUCUGGCAAUUCUCUCCUCCAGCUCCUUCCUCGCCUUACAUGGCUUCUCCAACCUUCCAACAGCAUCCAACAAGCCCGCCAAAAUAUCGUGUCGCACUAUGACACCUCCAACGAGCUCUUUAUUGCCUUUCUCUCAGCAGACAUGAACUACUCCUGCGCCCACUGGUCUGGUGACCCAGCUGAGUCACUAGAAUCAGCCCAGGAACGGAAGGUCCGGCAUCUCCUCUCUAAAGCUCAGCUUUCAUCUUCACACCAUGUCCUGGAUAUUGGCUGCGGAUGGGGCGAUUUGGCCAUAAAGGCGGCCCAGACAGCGGGGUGUCGGGUGACGGGGCUGACUCUUUCAGACAAGCAGAAGUGUCUUGCAGAUGAAAGGGUCAGGGAGGCUGGGCUGGAAGAUCGCGUGCGCAUCCUCCUUUGCGAUUAUCGUAAUGCCUCUGGACCAGAAAAUAAUGGUGGGUUCUAUGACCGUGUGAUCUCGGUAGGAAUGUUUGAGCAUGUCGGUCCUGAAUACCUGGACCAGUAUUUUGAGAUCAUCACACGGCUUCUACACCCUACUCAUGGGGUGAUGGUCGUUGAUGGAAUCACCAUGAUCAACAAGCUUCGCGAGACAAAAUCCAAUGUCCCAACCUUCAUUAGCCGCUAUGUCUUCCCCGGGGGCUACCUACCAACGAUCCACAUGCUCCUCGACUCCCUCCACCGGGGCUCAAACGGAAACUUGGAGAUCACCUCCGCCCUGAACAUCGGUCCCCAUUAUGGCAAGACCUUGCUUGCAUGGCAAGACAACUUCCUCCGCAACUGGAAGAGAAUUGAGUUGGACUAUCGCGCUGCACGCCCUGAGGCAUUGGAUGCAGAAGUAGAGGCGCUUCGUCGACAAUGGCUGUACUAUUUUAUCUACUGCGAGGCGGGUUUUCGCAGAAGGCUGUUGGGGAAUUACAUCAUUGUUGCAGCGAGAACACCAGAGCCGAUGGUUGGGGAUGGUGCUAGUCUUGGGGGGGACGAUUGAGAAUUGAUCGACGAAGAGAAAUAGCAGAUUAGAGCGUGUUUUGAGUGGGAGGCUUCUUUCAUCCCAAUUGAUGGCCCCAAUUCCUGCCUUGAAUUUUGGUGUUCAUGGGCUCUCCACAAAGGUGAUUCUGUUUGAAAAAAAAAAAAAUUGAAUCAUGUCAGAACUGUC